AUGUCCUCCCCCGAGCGCGCGUUCGAGCGCCUCCUCGACGGCCAUCGCGCGUUCCGCAGAGCCCACUUCGCCGCGAGCGACGGCGCCGCCGACGUCCCGCGCGCGCUCCGAGCGCUGAGCGAGCGCGGCCAGCGCCCGCGGGCGUUGGUCGUCGCGUGCAGUGACUCUCGCGCCGAUCCCGCGAUCGUCUUCGACACCGCCCCCGGGGACGUGUUCACGAUCCGAAACGUCGGGAGCUUGGUGCCGGCGUACGCGGGGUUGGACGGGGGGCAUCACGGGACGUGCGCGGCGACGGAGUACGCGACGGUGCACCUGGAGGUGCCGGUGAUCUUGGUCAUGGGACACACCCAGUGCGGAGGGGCGGCGGCGGGAUUGCGAAAGUAUGGGAACGGCCCCGACGCGGACGCGAGCGUGUUCGGGGUGAACGAAGCGACGGGUGAGGGGUUCAUCGGGGCGUGGGUCGCGCUCGCGGAGGACGCGGUGCGUCGCGUGUGCGAGCGCCACGACCCGGGCGUGCGAGCGAGAAUGUUGGAGUACGAGUUGGUGCGACAGAGCGUGCAAAAUCUGUUGACGUUUCCGUUCGUCAAGCGACGGGUCGAUCGAGGGGAGUUGGUGGUCAAGGGGGCGGUGUUCAACGUGUGGGACGGCACGCUCGAGGUGCUCCGCGCGGACGGCUCGUUCGAACAGCUCGACGACGACGCCGAGGACGGGCGCGGGGAGGCGAAACGAGCGAAAAAUUAA